UACAAUUUAUUCCAACUCUGCAAUCCGAAAGGGGCAAAGUCCCAUUUGUUCCAUGUAUGAAAAAUACACUCAUUUAUAUUCCAUCAACUGAAUACAGCAGUAUCUCUUCUGCCCCGAAAGGAAAUGUUUUUGGGAUUCAUUUAUGCAUGUUGUGUGGCUCAAGGUGAUAAAUUAUGUCGGCCUGUUUGGUUGGAGAGGUUUAUCGAUCGUCAGCAAUAGAGCACACUAUUGACACAAAUUCCCAAGUUAAAAUGGAGUACACCUUCGCACCAAUGUGUGAGGAGUUGUGUCCGAUUUGUGGAGACAAGGUCUCGGGAUAUCACUAUGGACUCCUAACAUGUGAAAGUUGUAAGGGCUUCUUUAAGCGCACAGUUCAGAACAACAAACACUACACCUGUGUGGAAAACCAGAACUGUCAGAUUGACAAAGCCCAGAGGAAACGUUGUCCUUACUGUCGAUUUCAGAAGUGUCUGACUGUGGGGAUGAAGCUGGAAGCAGUGAGAGCAGAUCGUAUGAGAGGUGGCCGCAAUAAAUUUGGACCUUUGUACAAGCAAGACAGAGCGUUAAAGCAGCAGAAGAAGGCUCUUGUGUAUGGAAACAGAGUUAAACUGGACCCCACCACAUACAUGAUGCAAAGUGUUCCGACAGAUCUGAGUGGGCCCAUCAGCAGUGAAAGUCUGUACUCAGCAUCCAGGUGCUUAUCCUUAAGCUACAACAGCUUAUCAUCUUCAGUGGGAGACCAGGAUGGCAGCCCCAUUGGCUCCUUGCCGGUCAAUAUGUCAGUCGCAGCUCAUGGCACCAUUGCAGGGUAUGAGCUAUGCAGCCCCUUUCCGGGCUGUCAUGUCAAGUCGGAGCACAUGGACCCCAGUUACUCAGGCUCCCAGGAGUCAUUGCUUGGCAACCCAUACAUUAUGGCCUACAGGCCCAACUCGAGCACAACCGUGCCCCAGUUGAUGCAAGAGCUAGUGAAAUGUGAGCCAGAUGAGGCACAGGUCCGGGCGAAGAUCUUAAACUAUCUGCAGCAAGAGCAGACCUCCAGAGGAAAGCAUGAAAGGCUUAACACCUUUGGAAUUAUGUGCAAGAUGGCUGACCAGACCUUGUUCUCCCUGGUGGAGUGGGCCAGAAGUAGUAUCUACUUCAAGGAACUGAAGGUUGAUGAUCAGAUGAAACUUCUUCAGAAUUGCUGGAGUGAACUGCUCAUCAUGGACCAUAUCUGCAGGCAGCUGGCUCAUGGGAAAGAGUCGAGUAUUCUUCUUAUCACUGGACAACAGAUUGACCUUUCAACCAUCGCUUCACAAUCAGGCGCCACAUUAAAUAAUCUGGUGAACCGCACUCAGGAAUUGGUAGCCAAGCUCCAGUCCCUGCAGAUAGAUCGUCAUGAGUUUGUCUGCCUGAAAUUCUUGGUUCUCUUCAGCCCAGAUGUGAAGAACCUGGAAAACCAGCCCUUUGUGGAAAGUAUCCAGGAGAAGGUCAACAGGGCUCUGAUGGACUACACCAUGCGCUUCCCCCAGCAGGUUGACCAGUUCGGGCAGUUACUCCUACGGCUCCCGGAAAUACGAGCUAUCAGCAUGCAAGCGGAGGAGUACCUUUACCUCAAGCACUUGAAUGGAGACGUGCCAUGUAACAACCUGCUCAUUGAAAUGCUCCAUGCCAAGCACUUCUGAGGGAUGAACGAGUGCUAGACAGUGGAUAAAAGUCCAUGGGAACCCAACAGAAAACGUAUAUGGAAACAAAUUUUCACAUUGAUGACCGGACAGAUAGAAAGGGAAACACAUAGUGGCAGAUGUAAAAUUAAAUACUGCCUCUGUAUGUUUGUGGAUUCUAUUUAUAAUGGAACCAUUCUAGACAUUGUUUUGCCAUCAAAAUGAGUCACCGCUGUACUUGUGUGGAAUACUAUUCAUUUACUGGAGUCCUCAAGGCAAAGCAGAAAGACUCAAACUGGUAAAGACAAGGAUGGAUGCCACUUGCCCAGUAAUCCAUGUUCUAAUGAGUUAAAGUGAUAAGAUCAAAUUUAACCAUGUCUGUUGGGCCAAUUGAAAUUGGGUCGGUUUAGUAACAAGUGAAUUAAAGCUAAUUAAGUGGUGAACAUGAAAAUACAAAAUUGUCAUAAAGGUCUAUCUGGUUCACUAAUUCCGUUAAGGAAGAUUGUGAUCCUUGUGUGUGAUGUCAGGCUGUGUUGGUGUAGUUCAUUGAAAGCCACAUGAUUUAAGAACGUUAUUCCUCUACAGGAAUGAGUGAAAGAAUGUAGUUUCAGAGGAUGAAAUGAACCAUUGGGGUCCACCUGAUAAAGCAGACGUGCACCUGAAAAUAAUUUGGCAAUGUAGCUGAAUCGUAAUGAUUUCUGGCAUUUGUAGAAGACUGGGUGAUGGCAUCAUGACAGCAACAUGGAAGUCUUCGUCAGGCUUGCAGUGUCCAUGAGAUUCAACAAUUGUGAAUCCCUCCACCAAAUUAAUUAAGAGUCUAGGCAGUUAUUGGAUAGAACUGAGUAACUGAGGUCGCACAACACUUUUGGUUUACACUGCCUUGUACUUGUGAGGGAACUCCAUCCACUGACCCAAGUGUUCAUUCCCUCUAACACAUAGGUUUCUGUUGUGUGCACCAUCAGAGAAACUAUUAAUCAUCUCCUUCCAUUUUGGACCCUUGUCCUUGAAAAAGAAUGGUGACAGGUGAGAUGGAGGUGAGGAGGGAAUUACAAUCUUGCACACAUCCUAACUUGGAAAUGUACAUUUCUUCUUUCUCAGUCUUCAAAAAGCAGAUAGUGAUGCAGAAAAUGGACCAUGUGCUGGUAGAAGGGAGGAGGUGUAAUUGGCACAACAUCAUGGUCCAAAAGGGACCCAUUUCUCUGCCAUACUCAUCUAUGUUCUAAUUUGAAUCUUUACUGGGACUAAAUUUGGAACUUAUUUUUUGAAAACUUUAUGGGAGUUCCUUCACUACAAAGGUUACUGUAAUUCAAGUAGGCAAUAAAUUAUUACCUUGCAACACCUUAAUAUUUUAAAAAGUGCUGCGUAGAGCUGACCACAUCAUGGAAUCCUAAAUGCAUCUGUACAGCUGGAUCUCCAAACUGACAACAUCCACUGUCAUUGUCAAAGUGCAAAGUUCAAAGUAAAUUUAUUAUCAAAAUCCAUACAGUGUAUGACACCAUAUAAAACCCUGAGAUCUGUUUUCUUGCAGGCAUACACAGUAAAACUAAGAUACACAAUAGAAUCAAUGAAAGACUGCACCCAAAAGGAUAGACAAAUAAUAAACAUUCAAAAAAACAAGCUGUGCAAAUACAAAAAAAGAAAUAAUAGUAAUAAUAAUAAUAAUACACAGGAAAAUAAUGAAGAUGCAACCCACCAAAGCACUGAUGAAAAAACAAUUAUUUCAACUGCUUCACAAUUAUACGUUAAUAGCAGUAAGACAGUUCCAGAGCUUCCACAGAAUGCUGAUGAUGAAGACAAAAUUAUCUUAAUACUUAACACUACACUAACAGAACAUAUGAGAAUUGGCCCAACGAAAAGACCCUUCAUACCAAAACAAAAUUUGCAAAAAUUGUUAGUACACUCAACAUUAUCAUACCACAACAUUCAGGAAAAUUUGAAACAUUUGAAGAACUACACACAAUAAUAUACUGUGCAGCAUUAACAGCAGUGCAGAGCAAUGGCUACAAAAAUAGAGGUACACAUUAACGGAAAUUCAAAACUGUGUAACAAAAUGAGAACACCAAUAUGGCAGAAGAAAAUAAAAAACAAAAUUGAGACUUUUAAGAGCAGAAAUAGCCCACCUAAUGGUGUCACGGUCCAGUCCGUGAAGUCUGCAUUCCGGUUCAUGGUCCGGUCCAUGGAUUCUGUACUCCAGUUAUUUUGUUUUUCCCUUGUUCCAUUGGGUGCCUUAAUUGAGGCACCUGAUUCUCGUUUUGGGCCGGCAAAAUAAAUAGCUCUGGGGUCCAGUGAUUCCUUGCUGGACCGUCCUCAUCAGUAACCUCGUCAGAAUCCCCAUCAAGUUAACCCGCCAGAUUGAGUCUAGAGCCUCUGUCUGUAGUUCCUGUGCCACGUUGAGGGCUUGCCGCCGCUUGGAGCCUUUUCAUGUCAAGUUAAAGAACAGUCUAUCAUUGUGUGGUUUUGUCUCUCCAUGUUCUUUCCUCCGCUGGGUCAGUCCGGCCGUUUGCCGCUACCUGAGUGGGGAACGGUCUCAGUGUUUUGUGUCCUGUAUCUAAGAAGAGUCCCGGCUCUAUGUCCUGUGUCCAAGGAGGAGCCCCGGCUCAGUGUUCUGUGUCCUGUGUCUAAGUCAAGUCAGUUCCAAGUCCAAGUCGAGCGUCAAGUUCCAAGUCCGAGCCAUGUCCGAGCCAAGUACGAGCUAAGUCCGAGCCUUGGUCAAGAGCCAAGUCUAGGACCAGGUACCGAGUUUCUGCCAAGACCCGAGUUCCGAGUCAUGACUUGAGUUCCAUGUCAAGUUCAAGUUCCAAGUCCAAAUCCAGGUUUUUGCGGUUUGUCUGUCUACGUCUACCUUCGUGUUAUCAUUUUGUCCUCGCUCCUUGGUUUACCUGGCAUUCUUAACAAACAUAGUCCAGUACCUAGUGCUUCAGUUUCUGUGUCUUGCACUUGGGUUCGCUACCAUAGAAACAUAGAAAAUAGGUGCAGGAGUAGGCCAUUCGGCCCUUUGAGCCUGCACCACCAUUCAGUAUGAUCAUGGCUGAUCAUCCAGCUCAGAACCCUGUACCAGCCUUCCCUCCAUACCCCCUGAUCCCUUUAGCCACAAGGGCCAUAUCUAACUCCCUCUUAAAUAUAGCCAAUGAACUGGCCUCAACUGUUUCCUGUGGCAGAGAAUUCCACAGAUUCAUCGCUCUCUGUGUGAAGAAGUUUUUCCUAAUCUCAGUCCUGAAAGGCUUCCCCUUUAUCCUCAAACUGUGACCCCUCGUUCUGGACUUCCUCAACAUCGGGAACAAUCUUCCUACCAACGCCCCCUUGUAACAAACGGAGUAUAAAAAGGAAACCCCGAGCAAGAAAGUUAAGAGAAAAGCUAAGGAAGAACUAAGGAAAUAUAAGGUUCAUACAAGAUACAAUCAGCCUGACAAAAGAAUGGUAGAAUUUAUAGAUUCACUAAAGCAAAAGCUUGAUGCAUACAAAGGUAGACUAAAUAAAUGCAUGAAAUGUAUCAAAUGAAGAAAACAGAAUUAUCAGUUCAGAAGCAAUGAUAAAGGUGUAUAAUGAACAUUGAAAUUAAAUUUAUGCCCCUGAAUCUCACCAAUUUCAGUACAGAAUUACCAACAAAAACAGAGGAAAUGAACGUUUAGUCUAAUAUCUGGUCAAACAGGGUGACGCACAAUCAAGAAGCAAGCUGGACUAGAGAAGGAUAAGAAUGUACACACACAACUGAAGAAAUGCAGAUACCUGAAGUUACAAUGGAUAUGCUGAAAGAGCAUACAUUGUCCCAGUAAUAAUAUCUGCAACUGGCAUUAUCCCAAAGGCACUACACAAUUCUUUAAGCAAUUAAGGCCGACACAGCAAUAUCUAUGUAAAUCUUCGGAAAGCCACAAUACUAAACACCACAAGAAACUCCAGACGUUCCUAGCAAUUGAGAAAUGAGCAUGCUUGGGUAUGUCCAAUUUUAGCUGAGAAAAAAUAAAUAGAAUAAUGAUAAUAAUAAGAGGCAAUAAAAAUAUCCACAACUGGAAAAGUAGUGGCAGUGAUAAUAUUCAUAAUUAUUGGUAUAAAAGUUUACUUGCCUUCCUUCUUCCAUACCUAUUAAUACACAUCCACAAUUUUCUUAAAAAUUCUGAAAAAGUGUCUGAAUAUUUGACAGAAGGCAACACAUAUCUCUUACCUGAAGGAGAAAUCACAAAUGACCCAUCAAAAUAUCGCAAUAUGAUUUGUUUACAAACUAAAUAUAAAAUUGUAACAUCAUGCAACUUGCAACUAAUCACCACUCAGAUAACCACGAUAUACUUACAGAAAAGCAGAAAGGAUGCUGUAAGGGUAUGAAAGGAUGUAAAGAACUGAUAAUAGAUUCUGUAAUUCUAAAUCAAGCCCAUGAAAAAGCAGAAAUCUUUCAUGUUGUUAUGUUGACUACCAAAAAGCAUUUGAAUUUGUCCCACAAUCAUGGUUAGUAGAAGUUCUGAAAUAUAAUUAAACUGUACUCAAUCCUUAUGAAACUCCUGCAACAUCUGAUGAAGCAUUGACAUACUGUAAUCACCCUACCUAUUAACAACUACUGUUAUCAAAAUAAACCGAGGCAUUUUCCAAAGUUAAUCUCUAAGUCCACUAUCGUUCUGUGUAGCUUUAAACCCGCUCUCUAAUUUACAGAACUGGACAAAAAUUAGGUAUGAAAUCAGAAACAACAAAAUGAACUUUACCUUAACACAAGCAACACACAUCAAAGUUGCUGGUGAA